AUGGCAAGCUUAGAGCUUGGAAGAAGAUCAAUACAGUCAUAUGCGUUUGAGGUUGUUCAUCAUGAGAUUGAAAGCCGUCUCAUCCCUCUUUUACUGUCUGUUUCGGACAAAGAAGAUGGUUUCUUGGACUUACAAGAUGUUUUCAGGAGAUUUUCUUUUGAUUGUAUUUGCAGAUUUUCGUUUGAUUUGGACCCAAAGUGCCUAGAAUUGUCCCUACCCAUCGCAGAAUUUGCUGUUUCCUUCGAUUUGGCGUCUGAAUUAUCCGCCAUGAGAGCCCUGACAGCUUCACCUCUGAUUUGGAAGAUCAAAAGGUUGUUAAAUUUAGAUACUGAGAAGAAACUAAAAGAAGCCAUCAAAAUGAUCGACGUAUUAGCCCAUGAACUCAUCAAACAAAAGCGUAAAAGCGGAAUUUCGACGCAUAAAGAUCUUCUGUCUCGGUUCAUGAAUACUAUUAGCGACGAAAAGUACCUGAGGGACAUUGUCAUCAGCUUCGUCUUGGCCGGCCGGGACACCCGCAAUAUAGGCUGUUUCGCUUUCAGUAUAAGUAUUAUGGUGGGUGAUAUGCCUUCAUCUGAAAUUGAAAGAAAGUAUAUUGAAAAGGAUCUUACUGUAACCAUGGAUAAAUCUGAUAUUG